GUUUGUUUGAACCAUCCUUAAGGUCAUUGAGCGCCAACAUAUUCCCUGCAAGUAUGCCUCACGGGAAUCACCGCAAUAAGUCUAAUCACUAUCGGUGGAGAAGUCAUGGAGAAAAUGAUCGACGUAUUGAUACCUCUGACGAAUAUUUACGACGACGCGAACAUGGAGGGAAGUUCAGUAGUGGUCGCAAGUCCAUAAUUUCUGGUAACAAUGUGGAUAUGUUAAAACGUGCUAUGAAUAUGAAUCUUAUCGGUGGAUCACCAGCUUCUGUCGUCACUGCCCAAAAUAGUGGCUUGGCUCCUGGCGAAGUUUGGGUGAGAAUUACUAUUGUCCAUGGCGCUAAUCAUCCGAUGAUGGAUCUUCAACAGUUGGUCACCACCAUUGUUGGGACACAGCUACGGUUCUAUAAUACUUGCGUUGAAGGAAGAAAUGCACUAAUGCAUGCAAAAAUCAGACAAAAGGAUGUUCAAAGUUACCGCAAAUCACUCCAAAAUUUACGCGAUCCAAGUCAGGGUUCACAAUUAAUUACCGACAUAACAAUUGUCCCCGAGCCCAGAGUCCCUUCUUCGUCUGAUAAAAGAAAUGAAUCACCGAAUACCUCUCCUCUGCCAGAAACUUGGAUUGAAGCAUUAAAGCAGUGCUUUGUUCAGCGUUAUCAACCUACUACGCGUAGUUUAGAUCUCUCUUCUCUGCACACGGAUCCAGUUCUUUUAAGUCAGGGACUAUAUUUACCUCUUAACAAACAAGCGGUGGUUCAUACUUUGAUUACUAUCCUGAAACAAAACCAAGCACAGCUUGCUGUUCUCAAUCUAUCAAACAACCGACUAACUCAUUUGAAUGCUUUUUCUCCGUUAUCUUCAACGAGUGCUGGGUUUAUUCCAGUGUCCAUUGAACGUAUAGAUCUCAGCUCAAAUCCUCUAAGUAGCAUACCUGUCCUUUCUGGUCUUCGAGAUAUCGUUGGUUUGGUUGAAUUAGACCUUACAGAAACUCCUUUGAUGUCAAAAUUCAAUCCAAACGACAAAUCUUUUGCAGCUAAAUUGCAUACAAUCUUACCAACGAUCAAACGUUUAAAUGGACAAGAAUUACCGCAGACUGUACAGUUUGCAAUUGAGCAAGGUUCGGAUUCCUCUAAACGGCCUCCAACGAAACCGCUUCCACAGUCUAUUCUGGGAUUUUUCCCUAAUGAUGAAGUUAAAAUAGCUUUGCUGAGUUUUUUGAAAUUAUACCUUAGUCGCUAUGAUUCUAAGCCCCGAGGUGAAAGUUUACUGCCUUACUACACGACUGUUUCCCAACUGGUUUUUUCCGUGUCUCCUGAAAAUCGUUUUCCAAAUUCACAAAAUGUGUCAUUCACAGCACGCGUAGAGAUACAAAAUGGUUCUGAUCAACCGACUACGGCAUAUCUUACCACUUCACGAUUAAAUCAAGCUUACUUUUUACGAAGUCGUAAUCUUCUUCGCUGCCGGGACCAAAGUAGACGACGCGACAUGGUUGUUCGUGGUAGUUUGGCUAUCGCCCAUUUUUUAGAUGAGCUACCAACCACGGAACAUCAAUUAGAGUCUUUAUCUGUAGAUGUCGCCUUUCAUUCCGGAACUCAAAUGUUGUUUACAAUGGGUGGUGUUUUUUACGAGGUUUCUUCUAUGGGUUCAAGUUCCACCAACUCAAGCUCACACGAAAAAUCUGUUCGCAAAGUCCUUCGGUGUUUUACUAGAACUAUGAUACUGAUCGCACCAGGUGGUCAUAUAGUGCAAGAUGAUUAUAUUGUGUCUAAUCCAACUACCUCUUUGUGUAAGAAAUACAUUACUGAAAUGGCUACAAGAUGCAAACAGGACAGUCAGGCCUCAAAUCAACAGCAAAAUGUUCUCAGCUCUGAUCUUUCUGCACCUGAAGUAAAAGAAAAUAUGGUAAUUGAAUUUAGUCGGCGCACCGGUAUGAACAUUCCCUUUUCAAGACAGUGUCUAGAAGAGUAUGAAUGGAAUGCUAAUGCUGCACUAACUGCUUUCGAAACUAUGAAUUCAGCUGGCAAAAUUCCACCCGAAGCGUUUUCUGUAUAACCUUUGAACUAAAAUUAUAAAAUUUCAACUUAUGCAAUGUAUGUAUGUUUGUGUGUAUCUAGAUGCACUCAUAUAUUCUGACGUGUUACGAUUCGUCAUUAGCUAGGUUACUUGUAGAGCAUAUUCUAUCAUGUUUUUUAUUUGAGCUGAGUGACUGUCUGUCAGAAUGUUAGUCGUUGUUUGACUAAAAUAUUUUGUAUGUAUGUGUGUGUUUUGCUCGUUCUCCAGGCCCAAGAAAAAAAUCUGUCGGAAAAAUAAUCUUUUGCUUUAAAAUAAUUGAAAAAAAUAUCACGAGGUUUAAAAAAAAUAUGCUGCUGUAAUACAGCGGUCUACCCGGCAGUGAUUAAGAUUUCUAAAAACUGGGUCAAAUGGUGAACUAGAGCAAUGCUUGUUCUUUUUUGUUGUAGUCAAACAUACAAUAACUUUUGACAUACUAGUUACUUGGUGAAAAUAAAAAUAUGAUGGUUAAAUGUUCCAACGUAAUCGAACUGUUGACUGAUUGCUACACUGUUAGAAUAUUUAUGUGCAUCAGAUUACACUUGCGUGCAUGAUAUUUCAAAAAUUGAAUUUGGUAAUUUAUAUUCUUCAAAUGUUAGCUAAUUUCUACUUGUAUCAUCAUCAUUAUACACUAACUCUUAACUUAUUGGUUUUAACGCUCUAGCUUUUUGUACAGUUUAUGUUUUAAAUGUUAAAGAAAUCGAAAAAAUGUUAUAUGACUGAUAUGGCCUUUCAUUUAUCAAUAAGUUUGUCAUAGAAAACUAGCAAAUAAUAAACAGUAUAAUUAAUC